AUGCAGACUCUGUUUAUCCGCGGACCACCGAGAUCAUCGUUGCAGGCGACUGGAAUCGUAAGACAAUUUGUGACAUCUGUUCAUAAUAAUAGACGAAAAGCAGUUAUAAUUGGAGGAUCAGGGUUCGUUGGGAAAUAUGUUGCCAAAACCCUUGUUAAUGAUUCCAAUACAGAGGUACAAAUAUGUGCACGACAUCCGAAUAUCAAUGAUUUGAAAACGCUAGGCAAUCAAAUACUUUCGCCAAUCUCGUGUGACAUUACUUCUCAAUCAGACAUAUCAAACGCGUGCAAAGAUGCCAACAUUGUAGUCAAUCUAGUUGGAAUAAUGCAUGAGAAGCCUCCAAAAUACACGUUUGAAAAUGUGCAACAUCAAGGUGCAAAAAAGAUAGCAAUCGCUGCAAGAGAGAAUGAGGCUCAACUGGUUCAUAUCAGCGCCAUAGGAGCUGAUCCUAAUAGUAAUAUACCGUAUGCUAAAACCAAAGGAUUGGGCGAAAUCGCCGUCCGCGAGGAAUAUCCAGACGCCAUCAUCAUUCGUCCUAGCUUGAUAUUUGGACCCGAAGAUGACUUUUUUAAUCGAUUUGCCAAAUUAGCUCGAUAUCUUCCAUUCAUGCCAGUAUUCGGAGGGGGAAAUACUAAAUUUCAGCCAAUACAUGUGUGGGAUUUAGCCAAGGCGAUAACCCAAGCUGCCAAAGACCGAAAUCUACGAGGGAAGACAAUCGAGGCAGGAGGGCCGACCGUAUACACUUAUAGAGAGUUAAUCUCCCUAACUCUGAGUCAGGCCGGUAUCAAACGACCCAUAAUUUCUUUGCCAUGGUUCGUCGGGACGGUACAAGGUUUCUUUCUCGAGAAACUCCCAGUAAAUUUAUUUACAAUUACAAGAGAUCAGGUCAGACUUCUUCGCAAGGAUAAUAUCGUUUCAUCAUCAUCUGAUGUGUUGACUCUUCAAGAUAUGGGAAUUGAUCCUCGUCCGGCCGAGCAGAUUCUACAUCAAUAUCUGAGACAGCGUGAUCGCGCGACAAGCAACAAGAGAACGCAUAGAAUGGUCGAUAGAGAUACUAUGGAAGAAAUGGCUGAAAUUGAGAAGAUACGCAAACAGAUGCCAAAAAAGGGGUUAGAAUUGGAAGAAAAAUAUAGGAAAAUACAAGAGCAACAAGUUAUUAAGCGGUAG